AUGGGCAAAUCAUCGUGCGGAAAGAGGCAUUGCAUUCAUGAACAGCAUCAUCCAAUACAGGCAGAUCCUGUGUUCGGAGACUUAGCCAGGGAGUCUUCCAAGGUAACAGCAGCUGCACCCUUGCGCGCUGUUCUCGGCGCCGGUGGUCGCGCUGUGAAAGAGAGCUCAACGGUGGCAGUGUGGGAUUCUGACACAGGGGAACUCCGAGCGCAGAUGAAGUACAAGAACCUGGUCACAUGCCUGAUCUUCGUGCCGGAGCUGCGUGUGGCAGUGACUGGUGAUGGCUCCUUCAGCCAAAGUAAACCACAGGGCCGAGUCGUCCUGUGGAAUCCAGACAGCCUUGAGCAGCACUUGAAGCUGACUUGCCUCAGCACCGUGACCUGCGUGGCCUGGAGCGCAGCAGACCAGGUUCUCAUCUCAUCCGAUCGCAGCCAUUGCAUCUGCCUUUGGCAGCCCGAAAGUGGGGCCAAGCUGCAGGAAAUCCGCACAGAUGCCGCAUACAUACCGUGGCAAAUCGCGACGCCGUUGGGCGAAGAGCGCUCGACCUUCGCGUACAGCCUCUGCGGCUUCAAGGAGAACUUUGGGCGUCUUUGCCUCUACCGUGUUGACACGACUGAGCAGUUCGGAGACUUCGAACACCCCGUGCUUUCAGCAGUUUUUCUGCCAGAAAGCUCAGUCGUCGCAUGUGGCCUGCGAAACGGCGACAUCUUCUGUUGGGAUGUGGAGGCUCGGCGAUUGCGGACACGCUCCGUGAAAAUGCGGGGUGCCGUGAAUAGCCUGGCGCUGAACCUGGUGCGCGGGGAACUCGUUGCCGGUGACAAGACAGGGGCAGUUUGCUCGUGGCCGAUAGCCUACAUGCUUUCAGAUUGA